CAGUUGUAGUAACAGCAUCCGCUUAUACAUUAGCUGUGAUUGCAUUUGAACGAUAUUAUGCCAUUUGUAAGCCAUUACAUUCAAGAAUUUGGCAUACUCGAUCACAUGCCUAUACAAUGAUCACUUUGGUUUGGCUUAUUUCGGUUCUUGCCAAUCUAUUUAUGCUUUUUAUGUUCGAACUACAAACCUAUAAUGUUAAUGGUCUAACAUGUGCACCCAAGCAUCGACCAAUUCUUCAUUUCGGUUAUCAGAUAUAUAUGACCUCAGUAUUACUGCUCAUUCCAUUAUGCAUAAUGAUUGUUUUGUAUGGAUCAGUAAUACAUGCGCUUAGGAUUGAUAUGAAGAUGCAUACCUCGGCUCCAACAACCGAUAGUGUUGUUACGACAAGAAACGAUGAACAACAACAACCUUGCAAGGAUGAAAUAUCGGGUGGUUUGAAAAUGUUCAAAAGCAAAAAUAGGAAAAAUACAAAUUGCUUUUACACUUCUCUGAAGCAAAUACGAACCAGUUCUGAUGCGACAGCACUAAGCGUUAUGGAGAAAAAUAAAUCGGUCAAUUUUAGCAGUAAAUACAAAAAUAGCCUACGAUCUACGCACAGUGAACGAUCAAUUCUGGCCAAACAACGUGUUAUCAAAAUGCUCAUCGUUAUUGUUAUCAUAUUUUUUUGCUGUUGGACACCAAAUUAUAUGUGGUGGUUGUUGCUAACAGCCCAGGAUUCAUUUAGGACUUUCGAUAUUUGGAACUCACGUGUGAACACAGCAAUAACAGUGCUUUGCUACAUAUCUUCAUGCGCUAAUCCGAUCACCUAUUGUUUCCUGAAUAAAAAAUUCCGUACCGCUCUACUGAUUACAUUUGGUUGUGUGCGGAAAACUCCAAAUCACUUCCCGCCCAUCUAUUUACCGGAAGCAGCGAUUGAUAAAUCAGCACGAAAGAAAUCAACUGAAAAAAUCGUCCUCCAAACAGAAAAGUCUAAUCAAAAUAAUCAAUCAUCGAUGAAUGUUAUUCACUCUAAAAUGAUAAUUUAUCGUACAAGUUCAGCUACUACACCUACGGGGUAUCAGCAAGGAAAGAGAUCAGUAUUGGAGUAG